GACUCAGGUUGUCGGACCUGAGACUUCAUACGAACUAUAAACAUCAGGCAGCACCGCUACUAGUAGAUGUGUUGACCAACCGGCGGUGUCCAAUUUCGAAAGCUCCACUCAGCACGUGGUCUUACCGUGACAUUGCAUCAGCGCAAAUGACAUAGCUUGUUCGCGGCGUAGUGCUAGUACUGCUUGUAGGCUUUUGGAGCUGGCAACUCCUUUAUCAUGAUGCUGCGCUCAGUUUUACGCUCUUCCAAACACCACAAUGACUGUCUCAGACAAAGUCUACUCACUAACUCACUCUCAGAAGACGCUUACUGCAGCGCUCGCAGCUUCCCCGGCAUCAUCACCUGGACAACUCGUGAAAACACUCUAUGCAGAGCACCACAAGAAGCCCGUAUCCUCCACAGGUUAUUUGGAGCUAUUCAUGGGUGUGCUGCACCGCGGGUCUGCGAAUGAGACACGGCAGAUUCCACUUGAACCUACACAAGCGGAUCUCGACCGCGCAGCCGAGUGCGGGAAUUUUGGCAGUAGGCCAAGUGAUCUAUUCUUAAAGAUCUACUGUGACGUGCUUGCUGCGCUCGAUACAAAUCCUUGGGCUGGUGUGGUUUCGCCCCCCUUGUUGGGUUCUAGAGGCGUCGUGAACCUGAGCAUCAUUUCUGUCAUUCCGGAUAUUAUUCAGCAUCACUAUGACUGUAUCGUCCGUGCUGAGUCAGAAGUAUUUUUAGCAACGAACUUUUGGCAAGCAUCCAAGUCCGCUAGCAAAAUAUGCGAUGCCUUUCUCGAACUCUCGCGCAGAGCGAUGAAAAGGGGUAAGAAGGUUGUGGUGAAGAUGAUGUACGACCGUGCAAAUCUCAAGAUGCUCACGGAAAGCCACCUUCUUGUCGACGACGCAGAAAUGACCAGUGAUGAAGUAAAGCUCCCCAAGAGGAGCGACAUGCCGGGAAUCGACUUCGAAUUAGUGAAUUUUCAUCAACCUGUUUUUGGUACAUUCCAUUGCAAGUUCAUGAUCGUAGAUCGCAAAAUGGCGCUCCUGAACUCGAAUAAUAUUCAAGACCGUCCUAACGUGGAGAUGAUGAUCCACUUGGAGGGCCCGAUUGUUGACAGUUUGUAUGAUACUGCUCUGAUCAGUUGGUUCAGGCCCAUGCGCCCACCCCUUCCGUUGCUCAAUACGCGGUACCGGCCGCCUGAGGGAGGCUAUAAGUUCGGAAUGGAUAAUGAAUACGCCACGACCUCCAUUCUGGAUGGCAGAGAUGGGGCGGAACUUUUCAGGACACUGCAGCAGGAGGCCGGCGGCACACACGACGGAGACUUUGAUAGAGAAGGAAAGGAAGAUCCUGCCUCUUCUGGGUCUCUAGAUGCACAAGUUCCAUUCAUUUCCGGGACUUAUAAGACAAUUACAGAGCACCUCAAUGCCGGAGAUCAACCAGAUACGCAUGCUACUAUACAGUACGAGCCGCCAUCAUCAUCUAGAGAUGACUAUACCCCACAUAUUCUCCACGCACGUCAUGGAGAAUGUCCCAUGGUAUUGGUAAACCGUGCGCCGAACGGGAAUCCUGGAAAUAUCGCCAGUAAUUUGCACAAUGCACAGGAUGCAGCCUGGCUUGCAGGGCUGAAAUACGCCCAAAGGAAGGUUUUCAUCCAAAGUCCGACUUUAAAUGCAGUCCCUGUGGUUGAAGGCAUCUUGAAUGCAGUCAGGCGCGGCAUCGAGUGCACAUUGUAUAUAGACGUGGGUUUUAAUGAUGGUGGGGAAGCACUUCCUGGGCAGGGGGGCACGAAUGAGGAAGUAUCCAAAACGAUGUUCGCACAGUUAAUUGACGAGGAGCAAGAGAAACUCAAACUCUAUUGGUAUACAGGCAUGUGCUUCUCCCGCAAGGAUCAAAUCAAGCCCAUUAAUGCGUCCGCGCAGAAACGGAACUGUCAUGUUCGUCUUAUUAUUAUUGACGACACUAGCAGAAUCCUUAUCGAAUUUCAGGUGAAACUAAUGAUCAUUGACGAUUCUGUUGGAAUCGUAGGCAACGGUAACCAAGACACGCAGUCUUGGUAUCAUAGUCAAGAGGUGAACGUUAUGGUCGACAGCCCCACGGUAUGUCGGGAAUGGUUUGAUGGCAUACGGAGAAAUCAGAACACGCAUUUACAUGAGGUGGCGAAAGAUGGCAUAUACCGUGAUAUGAACGGAAACCCACUUACGGACUCUACUGGUGUUGGGUCAGGAUUUCGAGGAUGGUCAAAGGGAUCCAGGGGAGUAUCGCGCGGGCUCGUGGCAAGGGUGGGUUUUAAGUACAUCUUGGAUAUGAACAGCAAAGUGUACGACUCGUACACUGGUACAAGCGAUCCUCCAUACUAAGAUAUAUCUGUACGCUACCUAGUGUCGAGUCAAUCGAAAGCAUGCAUGAGUUGCGAACAGUCUUUAAAAGCGUUAUAAAGACCCAGGGCUCUUCUGGAAUCUGCUAUUAGUAGUAUGAAAACAUGCAAGGUCACUCAAGGCAAUAUAUAGAUUAAUUGACAAUAAAAUUCUCGAGGGCAGACGGACGGAAGAGCUCACAGGCG